AUGGGCUCUCCGUUGACGCCGUUGACUGCGCUCCUAGUGCAAGAGGCCGAACUUGGCCUUCAUGAGUACAAUCAUGUUCUUUCUAGUAUUGACAAGUACCACCACCGUCUCCGUGAUGAGAUGCAGGAUGAAAUGGUCCAUGACCAGAUCGUGCUCAAUCCCAGCCGGGUCCUGCGGCGCCUUCAGAAAUGCUUCGAAAUUCUGAGAACCAAGAAGCUGUCUGCUCCAAUCUCAGGCGAGUUAUUCACGUCUCUUGUGCUACCGUUGAUCCCUCCACAAGAUAAUAUCCUCACAAUCAUGCAAUGUGCGAACCUGGUCGGCUCAGGACUGCCUCUAGUCACUCGCCACCCCUCUUCGCCCUACCUCCACCAACUUGCGGGCACUCUGUUGCCUAUUGCACAUCUUCUCGACAUACUAAUUGCCCAUGAAAAGUACAGUAUACUGUUGAAUAUGUGGCUGCUUUCUAAGCGGCAUAACCUGGAUCUGGACGUUGUGAUUCAGAUCGUAAAGCGCCUGAUCGACCUUUGCGAUGCUUGCACGGCGGAUCAUGGCACGGUCGCCACCCCAGAAGUCUUAGAAAAAGCAAAGACUUUGAUGGAAUCUCUAAGGUCGCUGAUCCGAGCUGCUCAGGAGAAUAAGCAGAAGUCUCAAAAGAUCGAGAACCUUCCUCCCCUAGAGCAAAUGAAGGCUCUUGGCGUAGACGACAAGAAAUCUCAUCAUGCUCUUCAAGACUCUGUUCCGAAUAUCGAGAUUCCCGCCAACAUUCUCGAGGAUCUGCAUUUCUUUGGGCUCCAAGCACAGGCGUCGAUGCGCGGUCUGACCGAUUCACUCGAGCAACUUGAAAACAAAACCAUACCAUCCAUGAUGCGUACUGCUCUGAAGAGCUUCCCUUGCAGGCCCUGCAUGGAACGCUUGACUGGAGAAACGGUCGCAUUCUCAAAGCCAGCAGAUGUCCAGCUGUUUCCAACCCAAGUCUCAGGACAUUCGUAUGACAUCUUUGGGAAGCGCGUCGGGCCGUGGAAAGUUCUGUUAUCUGAGAGAGCUUUGUCCGAUGUAAGAAAGCUGGCCUGGGCAGGCACAUUUGCUCCCACAGCGAAGAAACUCAGGGAGCUGGCGAGUGGCGAGUGGAAAGGGAAAGCAUUGUCCCAGCGCGCAGGCUCCAAGAAGCAAAAGGAGACGAUGCAAGUUCCUGUGCUGCAAGUUAUUGUUUCUCAAUCCGUGUCAAUCUUAUGGCAGCUGGAUGUUGGUUUCUACGAUGAACUUCCAUGGAUACAGCAGCAGAUCGUGAAAGUCUGGAAAAUUGUUACUGCAAACGACGAGCUGGAUCCUGCUAUCGGCAACAUCAUUGCUUUCCAGAAUAAUUACACGCCUGAGUUCACCAAGUUCUGUCUGGCACGUCCCGUUGAGCAUACAGAUGGGACAUUCCUUCCACAAAAGUUUGGCAAUGCCAAAGGUUCCACAUCCGCUCAGAUGGCAUGCAUCAAGCCAUCCAAGACUGACCAAGCCAUUGUUGAGAUGCCAAGUAAGAGCUACCGUGUGCUUUGCAUGAACUUUUAUAUUGCAAGGAUCAGAGUUAAUGCUUUCAACCCAGACAAGUUCUACAAUCUAACGGAACCAUUUCUCAAGUCCAUUGCGGCGGCAACAGGCAGAGAGGAAUUUCCUUUCGACUUGUCUCCGGAAGAGCUUGAGAUUGUCGGGCACUUUGACACAUCCUCUUUGAUUCUUGCAAGAAGUGGGACCGGCAAGACCACUUGCCUACUCUUCAAGAUCCUUGCCAAAUACAGUGCUAGAAAAUCAGCUCCGGAGGAACAAACAAUUCGGCAGCUUCUCCUGACUCGCUCUGUAUACCUGGCAUCUAAGCUGCGGGUAUAUGCAAAGAGUUUGGUUGAAACCUACUCCGGCGGCGCAUCAACCGAAGACGCGCCAAGUGAUUCGAAGCCAAUGUCGUUCUUUGCCUUGAAGAAUGUAGACUUCCCUUUUGUCUGCACCUACGACGACUUCUUAGGCCUGCUUGAAAAUACAAUCAGGAGGGCGGAUCGCAAAGAUUUCCUUGAGAGCACGGACAAGUCGAAGGCUGUUGACCUGGUUGUGAACAACCCCAGGGUCAUCGACUUCCACAUUUUCAAGACGGAGUACUGGGGUUGCCUGUCUGGCAUUGCACCUACCUCCUGUUCUGCCGAGCUUCUUUUUGCGGAAAUCAUGGGUGUAAUCAAGGGGUCUGGUACCUCCGCCAAAACCCUAAAAUCGCUCACUCGGCCAGAGUAUGUCCGACGAAAAGCCAAAGCAUCCCCUGCUUUUGCGGCGGAGACGGACCGUGAAAAGGUUUAUGCGGCUUUUGAGCGAUACGAGAGACAAAAGAAGCAACUGAAAGAGAUCGACGAGCUUGACCGGGUCAGCGAUUUGUUGAAGUUGCUGAAAAACAACGCCACCCUCGAGCAACUCAUUCGCCGCUGUUUUGAGGAGAUUUACGUCGAUGAGAUCCAGGACCUGCGGUGCCUGGACAUCGUGCUGCUCCUCAGCUGUCUCAGCGAUGCUAGAGGCAUUCAUCUGGCUGGCGAUACUGCUCAAUGUAUCUCCAAGGACUCGGCUUUUCGUUUCUCGGAGAUCAAGGCGUUGUUUUACGAGUACUAUGAAGUCAUUGCGAACGAGCUGAAGCAGCCUUCUUUCGCAAAGCCCGUCCAGUUCUCCCUGGCCAAGAACUAUCGUUCCCACCAAGGCAUACUGAGCUUUGCUUCCUGGGUGAUGCAGCUGCUCUGGAAUGGGUUCCCAGACACCAUCGACAAGUUAGAGCCAGAAGUGGGACAGACAUGGGGACCGCGGCCCAUUAUUUUCGCCGGGUUUGAUUCAUCGAUCUUGUCGGCGAAGAUGAUCGGAUUGGUCAAGCUCAAUGACCAAGUAGCGGACUUCGGUGCUGAACAAGUCAUUCUUGUCCGGGAUGACAUGUCUAAAGACAAACUGCAGGGCCAAAUUGGCGAGGUCGCUCUGGUUUUGACCAUCCUGGAGAGUAAAGGUAUGGAGUUUGACGACGUCCUCGUUUAUGACUUCUUCGGCUCCAGUGGGCUGGGAAGCAGCUACCGAUGUUUGAACCUGCUGGCUCGAGGGGCACGGGCUCAAUUUGAUUCUCAGAAGCAUGCGGCAUUGUGCUCGGAACUCAAGCAUCUGUAUGUUUCAGUUACGAGAGCACGAAAGCAACUGUGGUUCAUCGAAACCAGCGAGAACAGCGUGGAGCCCGUUCUUCAGGCGCUCUCCGAAAGCGACAAUCCCCGACUCGCGGAUCUCGUGAAACAGAAGGACCCGAAUGUUGCGGAAAAAGUCAUGGUCUUGCGGGCUGGUGGCUCUGUAGACCCCGCAAGAUGGCUUAAAAGAGCAGCGCACCUUCUGCACCAGAAGAAUUUUGCGGACGCAAGUCACCUGGACCUGCUAAAUGACAGUAUAGAGCUUUGGAAAGACCGAGGCGAGUACCGCAAAGCUGCCCUGUAUUACGAGAAGGCAAGCCUUUUUGGAGAGGCCUCGGAAUGUUAUCAUUCAAAGGGGGAGUAUGAACAGGCAGUGGAAGUCCUGCGCCGAGGUGAUCAAUUCGACCAGCUCAUCGCUUACCUCACUGGCAAUAAAAGUCUUCUCAACGCCAGCACUCUUCAUCGCUAUUCGAGACUCUGCAACAUUCUGGUUAAGCAAGACCGCAUUUCGGCUGGCUUGAGGGCGGCGGCCAUCGACCUCCUUGGACCGGAUGUGGAUAAAGAGGCUUUCUUCAAAGAGUUUGAGAUGUUCGACCAACUCCGUCUUUUCUACGAAAAGAAAGGCAGAUGGCUUGAAUUCUACGAAAUGUCAAUUUCAGCGGGCGAUCUCACUUCCGCGAUGGACGCUCUGCUUUCCCACAACCUGAUCUUAACGGCUAAUAAGAAAACCGCCGAGAUGGUCUUUCAUUAUGCUGUCGCUGAAUCCCUUAUCACUCACAAGGGUUUUGCCAAUGAUCUGCCUGAGGGAGAUGAGAAUCUACUGAAAAGUGCCAAGGCAGCUUCCUUAGAAAGACUUGCUGGGCAAUGGCAGGUGGUGUUUGAGAUGAUCCGGUGGGCUGCAGACGAGAAUCGACCCGUCGAUUGGAAGCGACUGGAAGACGGUAUCCCAAGAGACUUCUUCUGUCUUUAUGUGAUUGCAUUUGAGGUGAAUGUUGUCAACAAAACGAAGAUUAUGUUUCUUCCGGGGGAUGUCAUGCUUCGAGCGAAAAGUCUGAUCCAUGCCCUUGAGUUUGAAAGCAAAACCGCAUCAAACUGUCUGAAGCUUCUCUGUGGCCUGUUUAACAACCCUGAGACACCGAAAUCCUGCACUCUGCUUCAGUGGUCACCUCUCAAACGGGCUGGAGACGACACAUAUCUUGAAACUGCAUCCCCUGGUGAGUUGUUCAGCAGUGCCAAAACCUGGAUCCGAAAGAAAUUUGCGGUGACGGUUACUCAGUUCCACGAAAGGGCUGUUUCUCUUGUACGAAGAGGAUUUCCCAAAGUAUGCGGGUAUUUUCUCGAGAGAGGUGAAAUUGCAGGCUUCUGUCACCGAACAGAGUGUGCUUUUCUUCAUGAAAAGCCGACCCUCGAAUCAUGUAAUUCAAAAGUCACCGUAUGUCAUCUCAGCCACGCUCCAACCAGGAAAUAUACUAACGCAGAAUUAUUCAAGUGUCUCUUGCGCGUUUGUGAACUUUUCGCCAGACUUACCCCCCUUUACAUCCAACGAGUCAUGGGCAGUGAGUUUCAAGAGACGUUCUUGAAACGGAGGCGACAUUGGCUAGAGCUCGUGCUCGAAGAACUUACGUUCGUAUCAUCUCACGAACAAUCCGCAACUGUGAUAAUGUCAACUCUUUCUAUCCUUCACGCCCCCAAAAAUCGUCAAGCGACUGUCGGCUGUCUUGAAGAGUUGCUUUUCCACCGUUUGGAUCGGGAAUGGCAACAGCGCCAGAGCUUCACCGCCAUCCUGGAGCAAAUGCAGCAAGCCCAUCAACUCGGUCCCCAAGUUGCUCACGGGUUUCAUCGAGCACUACUGAGCAAUGUUAGAUACAACCUGUCUCAUCCUCGAAAAGGGGUCUCUAUCGAUCCCCUGAAGACAGCAUGCCAAGGAUUCCAUGGCGCCGAGAUGAUUUACUCGGGUGUGGCGAGACGGGAUACCUGGGAGUUCUAUGAGGGAAUGCGAGAAUUCCUGGCCAGCAUGGAAAGAAUCGAAAUGAAUUCGCUUACCUGGUUUCCAGCGUUGCUGUCCGUUGUCGAACUCGCAACCACAUAUGUACUUUGCUUGAUCAACCCGGGGAACGCCGUCGUUAUCCCUUGGUCGUGGGCUCUAUUCCAUUUGCCCAUCGCCAUGCAAUCUUCCUCUGCCAGUAGUGUUGCGCUCACGGAUAGUGUCAAGAUGUCGCACCUGAGUUUCCUCACCAUCAUGGUUUCGAGCUUCUGCCGUCUACUGGACAAGAUGGAGUUCGCAAUCAACACUCACGAGUUGGGAUUUAUGGGACGUCGCAGGGUUCCAGCAGGGAUGAUUAAGAGACGAAACACUGAUUAUCUCACAACAGUCGCUCUGAAUUUGAGCCACUGGCCCAUCAUCCCAAAGGGGUUCGUGGACGUCUGGAGUCAGAUUCAGAAGACGCUUGCGUUCACAGCUCCCCAGAGCGUGAUAACAACCCGCGGUUUCCAAAAGCUUCGAGAGGAGUCCAUACGUCUCUAUACAGCAUACAAUGGCAAGGAUGAGCUGUACGUCAUCUCGCUCGACAACCAGAGCCAGCCUCCUCUUCACUUCCGAGGUUUCAUUGAAAGUCACGGCCGGUUUGAGACGCUGACUACGGCUCUGAGAUCCUCGCGGCUUGCAGAAAAUCCCCUAGCCAUGCUCAAAUGUGAGGAUUCGACAGCUGGGGAGGAGUAUUCCGGACAUGAACUCAACAUGAUCAUGAAUCUCCAGCGAUGUUGGCGGCGAGUGAUGAAGUUGAUUGAAGAGAAACGCCGCAUGCGAGAAACACCCGAGGGAAAGAUCAUCGCUUCCUUGCAGAGGGUGUGUUCUUUGAAGUUCAGCUCACUCCCUAGCCACUCGCGCCUGUCUAUCAAGAACAAAGUCCGCCUGCGGAAGGUGCUUUUCACCGACGUUCUCAAGAUCCUGGUUGAGCUGGAAACAGUGGCGGCCAACGUCCAGCGUCUAAAGGAUACCUGCAAAGCUUUGUUCUUGAACACCUUCGCCCUCGCAGAAAUCGAAGAGCUGGAUACAAUCCGCGCCUGCAUCAACCACGUCGAUGCUGGGCUGGACGCUCUCACGACGAAGUGGUCUCUCAAGUGGAUCGGGUCGGUGAUCUUGAUCAUGUCUCCACGGACCCUGGAGCAGCAUGCGUGCGAGGCAAUCCGCGACCUUUGGGCCGCCAAGCAGGAGGCAGAAGUGGUUAAGUAUCAGCUCAACGCUUUUGCUAGCCCUUCCAGGCCUAAGAGGCUUUGA